AUGUCUGAGCAAGGAAAAUUGAGACCGUUUCUUUUAAUGUUUUUGCAGGGUAACCUAGUGACAAAUGAUCGAUGGCUCAGAGCUAUUAAACACCACUGAGAUGUUAGAAUUGUCUGUAGAACAGUUUGGUUGAAAGACGGACAAUAAGGCAGGAACUUGAGAUUUUAAUACUUGGACAACACACAAAAAGAAAAAAAAAAUGAAACCCAAUAAGACUCAUCCCAAGGCAUAUUUUGAUACCAAGGAAUUUGGGUCAGCUGUAACCCUUUUAUCCCAGGAGGAAGACUGUUGUGGGAAUUUCUCCAGCUUUAAGUGCUGUACCAGGAAAUGUUUCUGCAUCUCAGGCAUUGUGCUGUUAAGCCUGCUCACUGUUGCAUCUGGAGUCACACUCAUCAUGAUUUUUGGCAUUCCUCAACGUCCUCCUGUUAACCGCUUCUGCACAACAGUCCAGAAUCUGUCAGGCUUCCUGUGUGAUGACAGAGUGACUUGUGUCAUGCCAUCUGAUGUCUGUAAUGGGGUUCAGAACUGUCCCAGUGGAGCUGAUGAGGACCCACUCAUGUGCAGUGACCCACCAAAAAACCUUCCAAGCAGACUAAUAUUCCAGUGUGGAAACCCUCAAUUCUGGAUUUUCAUUGACAGGAAAUGCAACUAUAUAAAUGAUUGUGGGGAUUGCUCAGAUGAAAUUGGUGCCUAUGCAGAUUGCCCUGCCUGUGGGCCAGGGUGGUGGCCCUGCACCUCUGUGCUGUACAAGUACUGUGAGUGUAUCCCUCAGUGUUUGUGCCAGGAUGGUCGACAGGAGUGUUUCGACUGGUCUGAUGAGUACACUUGCACCAGAACUGCUUGUGCUGAGUGAUGUCACUACGAUCGAUAUAUUAUAUAUAUAUAUAUAUAUAUAUAUAUAUAUAUAUAUAGAUCUUAAGUUACUUUAUUAAAUGCAAUUGCUAUACUGACAUCACACCCAUACAUACUUGUUGAACAUCUCAUUCCAAAACCAUGGGCAUUAAUAUGGAUUAGGACCCCCUUUGUGGCUGUAACAGCCUCCACUCUUCUGGGAAGGCUUACCAGUAGAUUUUCACAAGAAGCAACUAUAUUUAACCAAAGAUUAAAUAUAAAUAUGAAUUCAAUAUUCAUUGUUUACAUACAUAGUUUGUUGGCCAAAAUACAAUAUGAAUAAUUCACAUUGGUUAUAUUGCUUCCUAAGUAUUUAUGCUGAUAACUUACUGUAUGCUACAUUUUGUAGCUAAAAUGUAGUGAACAGUGCUCAUGUAUUUUAUUGCCAGUUAAAAGUUGAGGAGAUAAUAUAUUUCUGUGUGCAAGUAAUGCUGGUUGCCUUUUUCAGGUUUGCUUCUCAGCAAUAAAAAUAUUGUCAUAAUCAGUCCAAUACUUAAAUACUUCUCUAAAAAAACAAAAAAAACAAAAAAAACUGAUUUAAAACCUAUUUUGUUUUAUAACUUCUUUAUUUAAAUGUAUGUUAAUAGAAUAUUUGAUUCACAUGUUUGAAUUCAGUAUUCCCAAAUGCAAACAUUAAUUAAAUUCCAGUACCUCUCAAUGUGCAAAGGUGUUACAUUACAUUAAACUGAUUGAUACUACAAACAAUGACUGUGACAGUUCAUUUCACAUUUCCACAUCAGAUUACAGAGGCCAAGGGUUUGAUCUGUAAUCAUCAAAAAUAAAUAUGAAAAAUGUCACAAAAAUGAUGAGGAAUCUUGGAAUGCUGGCAGUUUCCAUCGAAGAUGGCAUAUGGAAAAUAUCCCUUUUUUAAUCUAUUAACAUAAGAUUACAUUUAAAUAAAAGUCAUAUUUUACACUAUAAAUUUCAUGUAGUAAUUUAAAUGUUUGAAUUUUUCACUUAACAGGCUUGAAUGCAGAAUUUAAUCAUGCCUCUCCAAUUCCAAUGCCUCUCAAAAUGCAUAUACACUCACAUUUUAAAUCAGCUACUGUAGUGAUUAAUAGUACCACCAAUACUGUGACACCUCUUUUUAUAUUUCGAAUAAUCAGAUUACAGUGGCCAAAGGUUUGAUCUG